GCCAAUGUGUCAUAUGUGAAACGACAGAGGUGCGUUAAAUGGUGUUUUGUACAGUUUAACGCUGUUUAUGUCGCACAAAGAGCAACUAAACUGUUCAGCGUGAUUAGCGUCAGUAUUUCUUUCGCCUGUUUAGCUGCUCACACUGAUAUCUGCCGGUACAGCUGCUCAGAGUUGUCAGGUAUGUCCAAAUCAACGAGAUGGGAUUCAAAAGACAACGAGUCCAAACACCUGCCGAUCUACCAGCACAAAACCAAGUUAGUUCAGGCUGUCAGAGACAACACUUUUCUGGUUGUCACCGGUGAGACCGGCAGCGGGAAAACCACACAACUUCCACAGUACCUGUAUCAAGCUGGUUUUUGUAAAGAUGGCAAAAUUGGCAUCACCCAGCCCCGCCGGGUGGCUGCCAUCACAGUGGCCCAGAGGGUAGCCCAGGAGAUGCAAUGCACCCUGGGUAGAGAUGUUGGCUACCAAGUCCGUUUUGAUGACUGCACAUCACAGGACACAGCGGUGAAGUACAUGACGGAUGGCUGUUUGCUCAGAGAGAUCCUGGCAGACCCCGGACUUUCUCAGUACAGUGUUGUAAUUUUGGAUGAAGUCCAUGAACGCAGCCUCAACACAGAUAUUCUCCUGGGUUUAUUGAAGAAAAUCUUCACCAACCCUGCUAAAGCCACAAAGGGUCGAUCUUUUCCUUUGAAGGUGGUGGUGAUGUCCGCCACCUUGGAAACUGACAAACUUUCAGCCUUUCUCGGCGACUGUCUCGUCUUUGCUAUACCUGGAAGGACUUUUCCUGUAACCUGCACGUUUGGUUCUGCUGUAGGACCGAAAGACAUUGAAAGCACUGGUUAUGUAAAGGAGGUAGUGAAAAUGGCCCUUGAUGUGCACACCAGUGAAAUGGCUGGGGAUAUUCUUGUGUUUUUGACAGGUCAGUCAGAGAUUGAGCGUGCCUGUGACUUGCUGUAUGAAAAGGCAGAGUCUAUAGACUAUCGCUAUGAUGUACAAGACCAAACAGUGGAGGGCCUUCUCAUUUUACCCCUUUAUGGAUCCAUGCCUACGGAUCAACAGAGGCAGAUCUUUCAGCCACCGCCCCCAAGAAUAAGGAAGUGUGUAGUGGCCACUAACAUUGCAGCAACAUCUCUCACCAUCAAUGGUAUAAAGUACAUCAUAGACAGCGGGUUUGUGAAGCAACUCAACCACAACUCCAGGGUGGGCAUGGAUAUCUUGGAGGUGGUGCCAAUAUCAAAGAGUGAGGCUCAGCAGAGGGCAGGCCGAGCUGGAAGAACCUCAGCCGGGAAAUGCUUUCGAAUCUAUACCAAGGAAUUCUGGGAAAAGAGCAUGCCCGAAUAUACAGUUCCAGAAAUUCAGAGGACAAGUCUGACUGCAGUGAUACUCACACUCAAGUGCCUGGGCGUCCAUGAUGUCAUUAGGUUUCCUUACCUGGACUGUCCAGAGGAGAGGUUUAUUCUAGAAGCACUAAAACAGCUCUAUCAGUUUGAUGCUAUUGACAGGAGAGGUAGAGUGACCCGGCUGGGGGAGUUGAUGGUGGAGUUCCCGCUGCACCCAGGCCUCACCAGGGCUGUGCUCAAAGCCGCCUCGCUCGGCUGCCAGGACUUGCUGCUCCCUGUGGCUGCCAUGCUGUCCGUGGAGAAUAUCUUCAUCAGGCCAGGCCACCCUGAGAAGCAGAAAGAGGCAGAUAAGAAGCACAGAGGGCUGGCCAACAAAAGCGGCAGUAUGAAUGACUUUGCCACACUUCUGAGUGUGUUUCAGUCAUGCAAAUCCAGUGACAGACCAUCAGUGUGGUGUAAAGACAACUGGAUCCACUGGAGGGCGCUGAAGUCGGCCUUUAGUGUGGAGACUCAGCUGCAAGAGAUCCUCCUCCGCCUCCAACAGAAGAGAGAUUUCCCUGUAGAAACAUUUGAUGGCAACAAGAGUGAACUCUUCAGGCGAUGCCUGUGCACGGGCUACUUCACCAACGUUGCCAGAAGGUCUGUGGGAAAGGUAUUUUGCACAAUGGAUGGACAUGGAUCCAUGGUUCACAUUCAUCCAUCAUCAUCGCUGUUUGACCAGGAGGCAGAGCUGAACUGGGUCAUCUUCCACGAUGUGCUGGUGACUUCCCGGGUGUACAUCAGGACCGUGUGUCCUAUUCGAUAUGAGUGGGUGAAGGACUUGUUGCCUAAACUCCAUGAGGUGGAUGUCUAUGAACUGAGCAGCGUAGCAAGAGAAGAAGUUACUGACGAAGAGAUGAUAAAAUGGGAGAGCAGGGAAGCAGCCAAAAGACAACCAGAGGUUUCUACUGAGGAUGUCACAAAAAAGCUGGAGAAGCGAAACAACGAAGCCACUGUCAGUGAUGCUCGUGCUCGCUACCUGCAAAGAAAGCAACAAAGGCAACAAAGUAAAGCCCUCUGACAGAAAGCGCUUGCUUUUGAGGACAUGUUUCAUAAUAUGUAUCACAAAGGAAUAUUUUGCAAAUGACACCUGAAUA